UCAGCCGGUAGCAUUUAGUUGCAUGUCUUAUCUAUGAUUUUUAUGUUAUCAAUGUAAUUGUCUAAAGGUAAUCGUGUUCAGCUGCUGUUGGUCGUGAUAAGUUCAAACAUGAUAGUGCAGAAUGUAUGUCAUUGAACUUGAUUUACCGUACACUUUGAUCGUGCUAUAUCAGAAAACAUGUGUUAAAACGAUCUUUACAUUACGAAUUUGAGUGAAACAAGACUGUGAAUCAUGUUAACAAAUUCUCCAGCUUUUGUCACUAGCAUUUUAGCUGUGGGCUCUGUUGUUUCUUACGUAAUCGGGCGUCGGUUGAUUCCCCAAUUGGUUUGGUUAGGACUUAUUGGGAUUGUGAGCACAGGAAGACGGUAUAAAUGGCUAUAUAUAUUAUACAAGACCCUGCCUCGUGAUCUUCUGGCAAUGUACCGCUUUACAAAAUUGAAUAUGUUGCUGUGGUGGUGGGAGAAACAUAACAUGACAAUCCCCAAAGUUUUCUCUGAAUUGGUGAAGAAACAUCCUGACAAAGUUGCAUUUUAUUUCAACAAACAGCAGUGGACAUUUGCUAAGGUUGAAGAGUUAAGUAACAGUGUGGCACAUUAUUUUAAAUCUGUGGGUGUGAAACGGGGACAGACAGUAGCCCUAUUUAUGGAAUCAAGACCAGAGUACGUGUGUAUAUGGCUUGGUUUGUCAAAGAUUGGAGUAGCUACUGCAUUGAUCAACUCAAAUCUGCGGCAAACACCUCUUGUCCACAGUAUUAGAGUUGCCAACUCUCGAGCUAUUAUCUUUGAUUCAGAACUGGCCAACGAGCUUCUGAUGGUACGGGAUGAUGUCAGAGACCUGCCUUUGUACCAGUAUACUUCUGGCAGCAUAGACAAGACGCUGCACCCUGAUGUCAUUGAUCUGUUGCCUGCUCUCACUUCCUCUCCAUCUGGUCCUCUGUUUGAAGACUUGUCUGAGAGUUCAUAUCGUGAUAAUGUUCUGUACAUCUUCACGUCAGGAACUACGGGAAUGCCCAAAGCUGCUGUGAUCACGCAUCUUCGGUACAUGUUUAUUAGUAUGGGAGUGCAUUUCAUGCUGAAAGUUUAUAAAAAUGACAUUAUAUAUACACCUCUGCCCCUGUAUCACACGGCUGGAGGCAUGGUAGGUGUGGGACAGGUGCUUCUCCGUGGAGCUACAGUUGCUAUUCGAUCCAGAUUCUCAGCUUCGAACUUCUGGACAGAUUGCAUCUCCUAUAAUUGCACGGUGGCACAGUAUAUCGGAGAAAUAUGUCGUUACGUACUGUCAGUACCUGUUCAUCCUCGAGAGAGGCAGCAUAAAGUACGGCUCAUGUUUGGCAAUGGGUUACGGCCCCAGAUUUGGGAGAAAUUUGUCACCAGAUUUGGAAUAAAGCAAAUUGGAGAGUUCUAUGGUGCUACAGAAGGAAACUCAAACCUUGUGAACAUAGACAGCACAGUUGGGGCCGUGGGAUUUGUGCCUUGCUAUGCAGGGAAUUUGUAUCCUGUGGGACUAAUUCAAGUUGAGGAGAUGACUGGUGAGCCAUUGCGUGGGAAGAAUGGACUUUGUGUACGAUGCAAACCAGGAGAGCCUGGGAUUUUUGUUGGGAAGAUCAACCCUAAGAAAGUUGUCAGCUCAUUCACUGGGUAUGCGGACCAAAUGGAAUCCAAAAAGAAAAUCAUUCGUAAUGUGUUUGCGCAUGGUGAUCAGGUGUUUAAUACUGGUAAGCUAAGCAGCUCACCUUGUACUGAGAUAAGAUUACAGGUACCACAUGUCGAAGGUCGUGCAGGAAUGGCAGCUAUCGUAGAUACCGACAAUACGCUUAAUCUUGCUACAUUUGUGAAGGGAGUACAGGAAAACCUACCAUCAUAUGCGCGUCCUUUGUUUAUUCGAGUUCUCUCACAGUUACAGAUGACAGGCACAUUUAAGCUCAAGAAACUGGAUCUUCAAGUUGAAGGCUUCAACCCACAUCAGAUCAAAGAUAAGCUGUUUUUCUUGUCAGGUGGACAGUAUGUCCCUCUGACAGGAAAGCUGUAUGAGGAUAUAAUGAAUGGUAGAACUCGCCUGUAGAUUCACCGCAUUAUCAGACUGUACAAGGGACCAGGUUUCCUGAUGAGCGCGUCUUUUAAGUGUGUAGACAGAUUUGUUUUGCACACACCGUUUCAGGAAGUAUAAAUUGUAAAGUUUGGUAUAGUUUUAGUCAGACAGUAGUAUAUAUGUUAUAUGGGAGAGAUGACCUAUUUUCUUGCGACUUUUUAUUAUGUAUACAGAAUUUUAUAAAGUUUAUAUGCCACAAGUUAGUGUUCCAGGAAGACAUUCUUCCAUACCUGGAAAAGUAGGCCAGGUCAGAUAUUUUAUGCUUUGCUGUUUUAUAUUAACUUUAUUACAGUUAUUUCCUUGCCAUAUUAUUCUCAUGAUCUUGCACACUGAGGAGGUCGGUGCAACAAUAAUGACGUACAUGGGACGUACCAAGUUAAAAAUGUUAUGUAGGACCAGCUGUCCCUGCCUAAGAUUUAUAUGGUUUUCCUCAGUUCAUCUAUGCCUACCUUAAAGUAAGCCAUGAUAAUUCAUCUCACUUUUAUCCCAAUUCAUUCAUAAUCGUGCUUCAGAAAUGCGGACAUAUCUGGGUAUACCAACUAAGUGUUACCAUUUUGGAAUUCUUUAUAAUAGCAUUACAUCAAAUUUUCUUGAGAGUAAUUUUGAUAAAGCAUAUUUAUUUCACUAGAAGUUGCAAUAUACUCGAACACGUUUUAUUCUCAUCGCGUUUUGUUAAAUCUUGUAGUGCUGACAUUGAUUGGAUCAGUGGUAAAAUAAAUUAACCAACCAUUCUUUACACCAAUGUUUUUGAGAACUGUAUGCAUGUGGAGAACAUGAUUUUAUGCACACGUGGUACCGCUAUAACAUGAUCUUCAUUCCUAUUCUUGUUGCAUCAAUAUAGGUAAUUUGAUGUGGGAACUUGGAUCGGACUAAUAGUGUCGUGUUUUAGUAGUUAAUUAGUUGGGACGUAUAAUUUAUUAUAUUUGUACAUCACACAUUUAUACAGUGUCUGUUGAUUUUGUGUCAUUACUUUAGGAUCUUAUUUUCGAGAUUCCCAGUCAGAAAUAUAUGAACAUGGUCUGAUUUUCAGUGGCUAUGGAGUUAAGGAAAUCUGAAAUCCAAGAUUAUUUUAACCUUAAGUAGAACAUCAAUCAUUCAUGCAUCUUACAGCAUCAAAAACUCCAUGAUGUAGUUCUCUUCUGUUAAUUGUACUUCCCAUUCAGUAUAUUUCUCAUGUAACCCAUCUUGGGGAAUGAGGUCUAGUCAUUCAAUUCUAAAGGGUUUUGACGACGGUAGUUUACAUCAAAAAUUAUUCUUUGUCAGAACUUUUUCCAUCGUCUGUUCUUUAAAAUCACGACGUUUCGGAGGCUGGUUCUGUCUCCGUCUUCAGGUGAGUGGUACCUACUCUGUUGGGUCCCUUAGACAUCGACAGUGACAGAGACUAGCUUGAUCUAAGGAACCCAACAGAGUAAGUACCUCUCACCUGAAGACGGAGACAGAACCAGCCUCUGAAACGUCGUGAUUUUGAAGAACAGACGAUGGAAAAAGUCCUGACAAAGAAUAAUUUUAGAGGUCUAGUCAGCACAGCAGUCAGUUGGGGAACUGCUUAUUCAGGUACUCUGUCAUGUAUCAGCUGUAGUGCUGAGUCAUGUUGGAAGUACGUCUAUAAUCAUCGUUAGUGUCAUUCAGCUCAUCUUUAAUCUCUCCAUAGCUCUGACCAUUGAGAAUUAGAUGCAUGCUAAUAUGAUAUUUCUGACUGGGAAAUCUCAGAAAUUAUAUCCUGCAGUUCUGACAAAGUCACUGAGCACUCGUGUAUAGAGGAGUAGCACGUCUGUAUUUGGUAUAUUCUAAGGUGCUACAGGUGUUUAUUUUUAUUCAGUAAAAGUAAUUAACUUUUCCAAUGUUUUGUAUGAUCAUGUAUUAAUAGCUUCAAAU